UACUCGAAGUGGAAUUUGGCGGGAUGUUUAAUGGGUUGGUCAAUAUACAAUUUCAGUUUCGACUUCCUUAACUACACGCUGUCACACAACAUGCUGAGCAAAUACUAUAAAAGGAUUUAGCAGAACCGAUGUUGGCCAAACGAGAGUCGUUCCACAACGUGCCAAAAGAUGGGUGAAAAUAUGAUACAAGGAGAAAACUCGACAAGUUUGUCAUCCACAUCGCCAUUGCCCAGUAGUACCAGUGUUUUGUCAAAGAAAUGCACUUUUCCUCUCGACCAUGGUACAGCAAUCGUUCUCUUGAACAUAAUGUUUAGUGUGUUUGGUACCUUUGGGAACAUCAUCAUCAUCGUAGUAGUCUAUAAGACCCCCAAGCUUCGACGGAUUUCCAACUUUCUUCUGCUGAGCCUUGCAGUAGCAGAUUUGUUCGUUACCAUGAUUGCUCAACCACUGCAAGUCACAACAGUAGCUGCAAAAACCUUCGGCCACUUCUGCGUCCCCAGUGUUGACUAUGCUUAUGAUGUCGUUGCGAAUUUUUCAUGUUCCUGUUCAUUGUUCCACUUGGCUGCCAUCAGCGUCGACCGCGCUCUUGUUGUAUCAAAUCCUCACAGAUAUCACUCGACGAUGGGGAAAUACGGCUUGAAAAUCAUGCUUUGCUGCUGCUGGGGAUCAGCGACCUUGUUUGUAAGCCUUCGUGUGCCAUUCCCCGAGACACUUAUCCUGUCCGUUUUGGUGAUCUUUGUCAGCUAUUUUAUCAUCAUUGUAUCCUACUCAAUCAUCCUUUACCAAAUCACUCGCGAAAGAGUAAGGGGAGAAAUGCCUGGGGAUAGCCGUGCUGCAUCGCGAGACGCCCGCAUGGAGAGACGUGUUGCAGGAACCAUUGCCAUCGUCAUCCUAGUCUUUUCGAUUUGUUGGUUCCCGUUGGUUGGUAUUUACGUCUCAAUGAAAAAUGGUCUGGUCAGGAAUCUUGAUGGCGUCCUCUACAUGUGGAUAAGAACUCUUCUCCUUUUUAAUUCCUCCAUGAACUUUUUAAUUUACAGUUUUCGAAUUGAUCAUUUUCGUUCUGCCUACAAGAAAAGUUUCCGUCAACUGGCACAGAAGUCAAGGGCUUUGCUCAGCUCCUCAAAAACUGCAUCAACAAGCAAUACCGCGACAGCAACAGCAACAGCGUCCUGCAGUGCAAAACAGAUCAGUACCAAUGAAAAACGGGAUACAGAGGAAGAACUCGCUUAUGCAGGUGUUUGCACAAAUGAAAAACAAGAUAAGAAGGAAGGGAUGGUUUGCACAGGUGUUUAAAGUUGACACAAUGAUACGACACAGACAAACUCAGGCAGAGGGCUAUAUAUUUGCACGAGAUAUGGCCAAGAUAAAUAGAAAAGCAAGGAGCAUUUUAUUGUAGUCAGCAAAUGACUGAUAUAUUUUACCCAACAAAGAAAAAAGAAACAAAGAAACAAAGAAAUAGCGCCUAAUACUAAAAAACAAACUAGAUGUAGAUAUAUACUGUAGAAUUGUACUUCAGUGUUUGUUUUAUGCCAGAACGUUGGAGGAAACACGUGAUAUUUCUUUUAGUCUAAAUGUCUUUUUUCGGUGGAAAACGUUAAUGACAUUGACUGUACUUGGAAUAUGCAGGUGGAGAAAAACGUCUUCAUCAACAGCAGACUACAAUGACAAUUUUCUUUUUCUUUUCUUUUUUUUAUGUCGGCAUGAGAUUAUCAAUCGAUGCAAAUGACGUAAAGGCUAUAACGGGAAAAAAACACUAAAAAUAAUAUCUUUAAGGAACAGAAAUAAACAAGCAAGCAAGUAAAAAACAAAGAUUGACAGCCGAAAGCUAAUAAAUGCAAUUUUUUUGUAGCAAAUAAAAAAUAGACAGAGGAAAAUUUUGAUAACAAUCUA